AAAGGGCCUGUCCCAGUCAGCCUUACCUUACAGACGCAGCGUGCCGACGUGGCUUAAACUUACUUCUGAUGAUGUAAAGGAACAGAUCUACAAGCUGGCUAAAAAGGGCCUGACUCCCUCGCAGAUCGGUGUGAUCCUGAGGGAUUCCCAUGGUGUUGCCCAGGUUCGCUUUGUUACUGGCAACAAAAUUUUGAGAAUCCUUAAAUCGAAGGGACUGGCCCCAGACCUUCCAGAGGAUCUUUAUCACUUGAUUAAGAAAGCUGUUGCUGUUCGCAAACAUCUUGAGAGAAACAGAAAGGAUAAAGAUGCCAAGUUCCGCCUGAUUCUGAUUGAAAGCAGAAUCCACAGGUUGGCGCGCUACUACAAAACUAAGAGAGUGCUGCCGCCCAACUGGAAGUAUGAAUCAUCGACAGCUUCUGCCCUGGUCGCAUAAGAGCUGGCUAUGAAUUACUGAAAGAAUAAAUUUUCAUUAACUAAA